GCCUGCCUCGGGCUCAGGCGCGGCGGGCGCGCGCUGCGGCGGGUGUUCGAGGCGCGGGCUGUUGUGCUCCCGGCUCUGCUCGGUCCUUCCUCGGCGGGUGGCGGAGGCCCCAAGCGGUGCGGGGCUCGACCCUUCCUUCCUUUGCCCGUCGUGCCCAGCUCCUCUCGCGCUGCGCGGUCUCUUGGACGCCAGACCGGCCCGGCCCGGACAUGGCUCGUGGACAGCAGAAGAUUCAGUCUCAGCAGAAAAAUGCCAAAAAGCAGGCUGGACAGAAGAAGAAACAAGGACACGACCAAAAGGCUGCUGCCAAAGCUGCCUUAAUAUACACCUGCACAGUCUGUAGGACACAAAUGCCAGACCCCAAGACCUUCAAGCAGCACUUUGAGAGCAAGCACCCUAAGACUCCACUUCCUCCAGAACUGGCUGAUGUUCAGGCAUAAAGUUGUUUACAGGUGAAUUCAUGACACCUUGACUCUUCUACUGUCUCAGACCUUAGGUAACAAACCUGCAGCUGCUUUUUUAAAACAAACUGUUGAUCAGCAAAAAUAAAGGGGCUACAGAAACACUCAUUUUUAUGCUGUUCCUUCUGGGCUUCAUGCAGCGACAAUUCUGUGUAAAUGUACAGUUGACUCUGAUUUGAAGUCUCAAAAUCAGUCCAUUCUUGUUAUAAAAUUUUUUUACAAUUGUAAUUAUAUUGAUGUUCAUAUUGUGUAAAAUAACUCAUUUAAUAAAGUAGUGCUUUGAUUUUACACCACCACAGGAUAAAUGGUUCUAGAAAUUCUGUUCUAACUUUCCUUAUUAUUUGCCUUAUUAUAAAAUGAAUUGAUCAGCUAGUGUUGCAGAAGCAAUCCUCUCCCUCUCUAGCUCAGUGGCAGGUUUGUUAGACUAGAGCAGACUCAUUCAUUAAAUUGUGCAUCUGAUUUUAUUGGCAGCUGAUGCAGGGUAAGGAAUGGCUGACCCGCUGCUUCACUGUACUCGUAGUUACGUGUCAUUCCCACUGCUGACCACUUCCUGUGUGUGAGCUAGCAGAAUGCAAACUCCUCAGUGGACAGGCCCCCUUGCCAUCUGG